AUGUGGUGGCAAGAGAAAGCAAGCGGGGAAAAGCUUGGGCCUGUUGUGCCAUCCUCCUCAAAUGCGCUCCAUGCGAUCACAGCAUCAGACGUGUGCGACGAGAAUGUGACAAUGCUAAUCAAGCGACUGAGCUCACAACGGAAAGGAUGCGAGCGAAGGAUGCUAUGCGACUUUGAUAUUACACUGAUACCGCCUUGCUGUGUCGGGCAACGGAGGAUGGCGGCCGCUGCAGAGCAAGCGGAAAUGCUGCUCGCUGGUCGCGCGAGGGCGGAGAUGGGGUGCACUGACGACCGCCAUGUCCAGCGCCGUGACAAGCUGCAGACGGAAGAGCACUGGACUUAUGCGCGGUACACGGAAGAGCUGUUGUUGAGGUUGGAAAGGCGUCCAAUAGCUAUUUGCGAGGCGGCUUCUAGCGUUCUAGAAGGGCUCUUCGAAGUGGGGAGCGCAGAGGAUGCCAUCGAGUCCGUCCAAUGGUAG